UUACAGAAGAUAUGCCUGCACAGAUCUUCUUCAAGUUCAAGAGUCAAUUAAAGUUUGACUCAAUUCCGUUCGAUGGGUUAUCUAUAUCUGCUAAGGAGGUACGAAGAUCAAUUGUGGCCAAAAAGAAAAUGAAAAUAGAUGAAUCGGAUUUACAAUUGAUAAAUGCAGCUAGUAAUGAGGAAUACUCAUUAGACGAUGCUUUGAUACCCGAAAACACUUCACUUAUAGUUGUCAGACUUCCUCGAGGAUCUGGAUCUGGUCCCAAGGUGUACAAUCCAGUUGACAAAACUACAACCAAGAUGAGCUACAGCGCCAGUAUAGCGCAGGCACAGGCUGCAGCUCAGAAGGAACUUGCGAUUCAAGCUGCAUCUAAUCCUCAAGUUAAAAUAUCCGAGUCAAUCGGCAGUAUGGAUAUCUCGAAAAUGACAGGAAGUGAAGAAGACAAAAUAGCCACAAUGCAGAAAUUCUCUGGCUCUGAUUUCGAUCCGUCCAAAUACGUAAGCAUGCCAGCCAAACCGCCUCCGAAUUACAUCUGCCACAGGUGUGGACAGCCGGGCCACUUUAUCAAGUACUGUAACUAUGUUGGGCCAGCCAAAGUGACCACAAUUCCUUCUGUGAAAAAGGCGACUGGUAUUCCCAUGAUACACACAAAACCAGCCAAUCAAGACACACCAGGGGCUAUGCUCACAGCAACCGGAGACUACGUAGUUCCUAUUAUCGACAGCCAAGCAAUAUCAGAAGGCAAAACAGAAAAGCCGCCCUUCAUAGACAAUGAAUCAGACGAGGAAAACAGCCAGGAUGUGGACAAACUGACAGCUGAGUCAUCUGCAGGUGCAUCAGACACUCCUGACUCGUACAGAUGUCAGCUGUGUGAGGGACCAUAUAGAAUGGCUGUAAUCACCCCCUGCUGUGGAGAGAGCUUCUGCGACGACUGCAUUUCGGAUCGGCUGAUGAAGAAUGAGAAGAAGUGUUAUGUCUGUGCCUCAACAAUUAGCGUCACCUCCCUCAUCCCCAACAAGAGUCUCAGGGACGCCGUUAUCAAGUGGCAGAACGACUCAGGAGUAAUCACUUCAUCUACCUCAACCGCCAAAAUGGGAACAUCUCCUGGUGCUUCCCCGCACUACACACCUUCCGGAAACAGUUCGCCACACCAUGGCAGCAGAACUCCGCAAAAGGGGGAAACAGCUGUGGAUCCCAGCAUGAACGAGUCCAGAUCGAAAUCGCUAUCCAGUCGACUGCAGGUGAUCCAGGAGAUAGAACAAGAAGAUGGACUCGUCUCUGUCAAUCCUGCAACAGCUGCUGGCGGAGAGAAGGAAGUGAAUGAGAGUAGCGCAGUCGCGAGAGAGGAAGGAUUAGGAAGCGGAUUGAUUAAAGAAAUGUCAAAGACUCUCUCUGACCUGUAUGGGGCUAUUAAUUGGGAUGAUGUAGCUAAAACUGGAAUUAAAAACAAUUCUGCUGCUCUAGCUACUACUGCCAAUAAUUUACCAUACAUUUCUACCAAUGCUUCUUUGACUAAGUCACAAACUAGCAGUUCAGUGCCUGAUUUUCUAGCCGCGUCCUCGCAUCAAGCGACCAAAUCGCCAGAUGCUUCAAAUGUCAACAACAACAAUAACAAGGUCAGAGAAAAUUCUGAAGACAGAGAAAGCAGCCCAGCCGGCGCAGAGUUUGACACUGUAACCAAAGUCUCGCCUCAUUAUCAAAAACAGAAGAAUGAUGAUAGCAGCGCGACCUUCGAUCCAUCCAAGCUUUCUCAGUCAGACGCAGAAUUGCUCAAAUCCUUGUUGUUGGAUGCAAAGAAAAAGGAGGAAAAAGAAAUUGCGUCGAAAGCAGAAAAAACUAAAAGCAUUGCCCAGCAGCUUCCAUUUCCGCCACCGCAUAUGAUGCCACCGGGAGGCGCCGCCGGUUUGUGGCCUGGAAAUCCGGCAGCUGCUGCAAUGCAUUUGAAUCAACUUUUGAUGCCAAGCAUGCUUCCGCUACCCAUUCCACCAGCCGUGUCCUCAGCAGGCGCUGCAGUGAGCAAAGGAUCUGCAGCUGGGUCAUCGGAUACCUUGUUGGGAGUCCCGUUUCUGAAGCCAAUGUCUGAAAAAGAGUUCUACGCAAGACAGAAGCAACUGUCAAAGAAAAGUGGAGAGACUAACAUCAAACGACUGGAGGCAAAGCUACUCGAGAAGCAAUUACAACAAUUAGUAUCCAGCGAUGACUCGUCUCGAGGUGCACGCAAGAUGAAGAAACUUGCGAGACGACGUAGGUCUCCAUCGCCGAGAAAGUCCCGCCCAGAGAAGCGGGCGCACAGGGAGAAGUCCCGAGAAAGAAGGCCUUUCCAGCCAAAACAUGGUUGGCCAGCAGACGACAAGCGCCGAGGAGAGUACAAAAGGUACGAACCGUAUCCUCCACAGUCAAAGAAGCAUAGGAAACAGAGUAGGUCAAGAAGUGGUUCUAGAACAUUCUCAAAAAGUCCUAAAACCCGAUCGCCGUCUCCGAGGGGCUUGAAGAAACCGAGAGCAGCGAAGUCGCCAUCUUUGACCGAAAUAUCUGAUCCCUUAGAAGCAGUACUAAAAAGUGCCAGACAAAAGGUGGAGGAAAUGGAGACGUCUUCAAAGGCUGGGAAAAAGAAGCUAGAAGAAGGCGAGCUGGAAUCCCCGAUUGUGAAACAAAGGCGCAUAAAAGAGCCUCGUGCAAAAUCAAAAGAACGCCGCCGCAGUCUUUCGCCAAAAUCGGCCUCAAACGAGUCUAAUGACGAAUCAAAAACAAUAGAAAAUGUGACUGAAGAAAAGGGUGAAAAGUUAGACGUGGUUUCUUCGUUUAGCGAGAUAAAUAAAGUGAAAAGUGACGCUAAGAAAGGUGAAAAUUGUACGAGACCAGAGGGCCAAUCAGAAUCGAGUAAACCGACGACUCCUACCUUAGAUGAAAAACCAGAGGAAGCAGAACCUGUUGACUUUUCACUUCUGGCUUCUGUUGAUUUGAUGAAAUUUGACUCGGAGGAAGAUCGAAAAGUAGCAGAGAAGUUUCUGAAGGAGGCUCAGAUUAAGAUUUUGGAGCACAGGAAGAAAGCGUUGAUAGCUAAACAGGGGUCAAGUUCAAGAGAUCGAACGCCUGAAGCGUUAGAGAUUCAGGAAGAAAAGAAAGAUGCUGAGAAGGGCAAUGAAAAAGAAAACGUUUCUCGAGAAUUGAAGGAAAUUAUGGUACCAGAAGCUGAAAGUGUCGUAAUUGAGGAAACAAAGUCGAAGAAGAAAAAAGAUAAAAAGAAAGACAAAGAGAACGCUCUGGGGUUAGUUCAGUACGGGUCUGAAGAAAGUGAAAAUGAAAUUGAUCAGGCUAAAAAGGAGUCAAAGGGAAAAGAGCAUACAUCUGUAAUCAAAAAGACUCCCAAGAAAAGCAGACAUUCAGAUAUUGAAGGGAAAACACCCGAUAAAUCAAGUAAAUUGAGUUAUGGAAAAGAGAACGAAGUUCUGACAGAAAAGUCUCCAAUUGAAAAACCCUCAAAAGUUUCCAUUUUGAAAGCUAAGUUGGAGAAAAUAGAAGCAAAGUCAGCUGAGAAAGUUUUUGCUAAUGAGACUACAAAUAACGAAGGAGUUAAUGAUUCCGAAAGCGUGAAGUCGGCUCACGAUGCUGCAUCGCAUCCGAGUGACUAUGACCAUCCACAGUUAUCUGCUGAAGAAGAAUUCAUACCUGGAGAAAACGACGGAAUCGAUGAUGACGAGCAAAAUAAUUCAGAGGAGAAGAGGAGUUCCCAGUCGCCCUCAAAAAAGAAGAAACGACUCAGAGUCGAGCCUCCGCCGAUGGUCAGUAAGACCUCGGAUCGAGUGGAAUCGUCAGCUGCUGAUUCAGAGACGGAAGGGGGAGGUCAAAGUCAAGAUAAAAAGAAGUCGAAGAAGGAAAAGAAGUCUAAAGAAAAGAAGAAAAUGAAGGAGAGAAAUGCGACGAGUCCGACUGCAGAAGAGAGUGUUGGGAAAAAGGAGUUGAAGACUAAGAAGAAGAAAAAGAAGAAGAACAAAGAAGAUAAAGAAUCCAAGAAAGAAAGGCAACGAAGAAGUUCCAGCAGUGAUGCCGCUUCAAGGGAGCCAGUCUCAAGUGACCCAGAAGACGGACCCUCACCUGCGUACGAUAAAGAUGAAAAGUACAGUGUCGAGAGCAGGUCGCCCUCGGCCAAACGCAGGAAGGCGGACAAGAUAGUGAGACGUCGCUCGGAAGAUCGACAGUACUCGGUGGAACGAAAGAUCAAAAACAAGGAGAGGGACCGAUACGUUUAUAGAGACGAAGAAAAAAAAGGUGCAGUUUCGUCAGCAGUCAUCACUCACACCCGGCGGCAUAAAUCUGACAAGUACAGAAGAUCCCACUCAUCUGACCGUGUAGGCGACGGGAGGGGAAGAGAAAGGGACGAAGUGUACGAGUCAGUGGGGGGCAAUGGGAGCAGAAAAGAGCGCGUGAGAAAGGAGAGAGACAGAGAUAGUAGGAGUGAGUCGAGAUCCGUCUCCAGGAGUCGCAGUCCCUACGAGAAGAGGAGUCCAUCAAAGAAAGACAAGCGGAGAGCUCCAGAACAAGUCUCGCCCACCAAAAGCAAAGUUACCGCUUUGAUGCCGGACGAGCAACUGCCGCCUAAGAGUAGAGGGAGCAAGAAGGUUUCGAGGCGAGAUGACUCGGAUGAUGAACGAGACGAGAGACGGGGUAGAGGAGACCACAAGAAAAGAAGAACAGACAGUCCGGCUCCACAGAGGAACAACAACCAUACUUCUCACUACUCCGAAAUCAGUGGAUCUGAGUCAGAUGGUGCUUCAUAUAAAAGCAGAUCCAUAUCAUCUCCAGACCAACAGACAAGACGGCACCACCGGCGGGACAGAGGAGAACGAAAAUCCAGUCACAGUCGCCGACCGCACGAUAGAUCCGACUACCCUUCGAAGCACUCGGGUCGCCCUCGACACGAUGACGACGUCUAUGUCAGUUCGAGGGCUCCGAGAUCACCUGUUAGAGAUGCGACUUAUCAUUCCAAGAAAGACAAACGCAGGAAAUGAUAAUAGAAGCUAAAAACUAAUAGCGAACAAAACGAAACUUAACGAAACGGCCUAGUAAUUGCUGAAAUCUUCGAUAAUAUUUGCUAUUUCAAAAAGUAUAAAUUAUGCUUUCUUACGUGUUAGUUGUUUGAUUUUUGUCCUUAUUUUCUGCAGAAUUUAUUAUUUUCUUUUACUGUAAUUGAAAUUCGGAUUUUGCUUAACUGUUUCCUUUUACUAUAAUA